ACAAGCAAUGUUGAUUAAGAGUAAACUCGUGUAUAGCCAUUUGAGGGACCCAACAAGCGAUUGUACAGGUGUCAAUUCGAAACAUGUCUCACGCACCGGCCGCGAGCGAGGAACGCGGUGUUUGCUAUACGAGAUGUACAUUUGGCGUAUUGUGCCUUUUCCUCUUGCUUUCGCUCCGUCUGCACUAUGAAGCUUUCGGAAGCCCGUUGAACAGAACCUAUUCUAAGAUCUAAAUCCCACGAGAACGAUGAACAAAGUAUUCCCAUCUCCCAAUCAACGUUGAUUGCGAACAAUCAAUCUGCGAGAACACGAUGCUUAUGUCAAUGUCCGAAAUUCACAAACCCAGCCAAUCAGCGCGGGUGCAGACUGCGCCUACCAUCCAUGCAUUGGGGCAAUGCACUAGGACAGUGGCGCUAGGCUGCCAUAUUCCACGACGGGGGGCCGGAUUGACGGGUAAUCGACAAGCACCACAAGACAAGCGCUCCCCCUCGCCACUGACGACUUAACCUCCCUCCUCUUACGCUCUCCUCCCCUCCCUCAGAUAGCAACACCACACUACCACUUCAUCUGUUCCCAUUCUUCUUCUCCCUCACUGCUCUUUGCAACAUACUUGUUCCCUUUGUUCUUUUCCCGUUGCAAUCAUGCUCGACUUCGCCGUCCGCCGUGGUUUGGAGCACGCCGGUGGCUUGCACGUGUUGAAGCGUGCCAUCAGCAAUGAACACGACAAAGUCUCUGGCGAGUUCCCCGUCUGGGGUAUUAUUCUUUUGGUCCUAACUGCCAUUGCCUUCUUCGUGUUCCUGAUCGUGGUUGAGUACGCCCUUCAAUACCUCAUCGCAACCCUCGCUGCGAUAGAGACGCCCAACGCUGCAAUCACCAUCUCCGCGCCCAAGGAAGCCGCAACCGGGGAAGAAAAAGAGGGCCUGCUCGAGACUUCACCAGAGGCGACGCUCGUCCACGAGAAACCAAUCACUUCCUCCAUUCGCGCCACGCUCAAGCACCUUCGCGCUGAAUCCGGACGUAGGGCACACCUGAAGGGUUUCGGCUACCACUUCCUGUACAGCAUGGUGGUUAGUCAGGUCACCAAUCUUUUCUUCCUGAUCGUUCCUGCCAACCUAUUUACCGCUGUGGUUGGAGCUGCUGUUGCCGGAGCCGUCUGUGCACCUCUCCACGCUGCCUGGACCAACAAGGUCAUCUCUAAGCACUCCAACGUCACUUUCUGGCAGCGUAUCCCCAACCGCAGUUCCUGGAAGAUUGUCGCCCUACCCGCCGCUGUCGUCGCUCUCGUUCCUUACCUCCAGAUCGCCCUCAUCUUUGUCUUUGCGCAAUUCCUCAACCUCCCCACCGUUGGCGAGCAAAGCCGCAGCACCGUCACCCUUGCGGGCGUGGCUUGGCACUUGUUCAAAUUCAUCGCCCUCGUCUUCGCUGUCGCGGCCACUACUCUCUUCCUCUACAUCCCGGCCAUGGCAACUCUAGUCCGCACCGAAGCCUCUCUUCUUAGCGAGGACCAGGACACUGUUGUCCCAUUCGACCGCACCUUCGCUGGCAAGGUUGUGCCGAAAUCUUUGGGUGGAACCGGUGUCGUGCGCUUCGUUGAUGCAUGGAAGAGCUUUGAUGGUGAAGGUCGCCGCCGUGUCUUCAAGCACUUCGUCAAGUCUUUCUUUGUCGAGAUCUUCAUGGUCAUCGUCAUCUUCCACGUUUUCCUCCUCGAGUUGCUCGUCAUCAUGGGCACUUCUUUUGGUCCCGCGGUGAAGCAGGCUGUGGGUCACAACUAG